AUGGCAAUGGGGAACCCAAGUCAAAAUACAGACUCUUUGCCAUCACGGAUUGCGAGCCUGGUUCAUUCGCACUUUGAUGGUCUGCCAAAGCGCUCCAAGCCGGUUCUUCGCGAUGAUGGGACGGCCGAAUGGAUUCCCAUGACGGGGAUUGUGCUUGUUAAAGCUGAGAAUACACCUGAAGAAACACUAACCUGCGUCGCCGUCACAACCGGCGCAAAAUGCCUCCCGGCAAGCCAAAUCCCGCAUUGCAACGGCCUAGUCCUGCACGACUGCCACGCCGAGAUCCUCGCCAUGCGCGCCUUCAACUACUGGCUGAUCUCCGAGUGCCGCGCUGUCCUCGAAGCCGAGCAGCAGCAGCAGCAGCCCUCCAGUCCAGGGGACACGAAGAAAGCCACACCAUUCAUCCGACGCCGCCAGCAAGACGGCGCCAGCGACAGCACACUGCCCCCCUUCGAAAUCCACCCAGACGUGCACAUUUACAUGUACUGCACGUGCGCGCCCUGCGGCGACGCAAGCAUGGAGCUCGUGAUGGCGGCGCAGGACGACGCAACGCCGUGGGAACUGCCAGCCACCUCCGACACCUUAAACACCGCGUUCCUCUCCGGCCGCGGCCACUUCUCGCAGCUGGGUAUCGUGCGCCGGAAGCCCGCGCGCGCAGACGCCGAGAGCACGAAGAGCAAGAGCUGCUCGGACAAGAUUGCGCUGCGGCAGGUGAUCAGUCUCUUGAGCUUUGAGAGUAGUUUGCUUGUUGCUGUUACGGCGAACGCGUAUAUUCGGGCGCUGGUUAUGCCGGAGGAGGAGGUUAGUCGGAGUGGGUGUGAGAGGUGUUUUGGGGGUGGGGAGGGUGGGAGGUUGAGGGGGGUGAGGGGGAGGGUUUGGGGGGCCUCAGUUGAUGCGGCGGCUGCUUCUGGGGAUGGGGAGAAGGAUAGUGAUAAGGGGCGAUAUAGCUAUGCGUUCCGCCCAUUCGAGGUCCUUUCUAUCCCGGAUGCACAGCUCAAAGCGCUCUGGCCGUUUCGGAAACCAAGAGCCAGUGAUGUGGUUCCAGAUCCAGAUCCAGAUCCAGUCUCAGCCUUAGACCCGGCCUCCGAAGACACUGGCACAGCACCAACGCCAAAAGCGAGGAAGAGUAAGCCAGGCACCAUAUCCGCCGUGUGGGUGCGCGCUCCAACAUCACCUCCAACAGCAACAACAGAUACCCAGAGUCCCAAGCCAUCAACAACGGUAUCCGACAACGGCACCAAGACCCUCCCCGUCCUGCGCGGCUCAAAAACGGGUCUCUUUGAAAGCAUAAUCGGCGGCGUGCGCCAGGGGCAUAAGGCUGUUUUCCCGGGACCGGGGAUUCGCGGGGCAUCUGCGUUAUGUCGUGCUAGGAUGUGGGAGCAUUGGAGGGGGGCUGUUACUGCUACUGCUACCGUUAGUAGUGUUACGCCCUCUGCCGCGGACCAGGACAAGGGACAGGAAGGCGAUGCGACUCGUUUGCAUUCGAGGAGUACGGGCAUAGACUAUGCGUUGCAGGCGUCAACAUAUAGAGAGUUCAAGAAGGAGCCUAAGGCUGAGGGGCUGAGCAGUGCUGUGCGCGCUAGGAGGCAGGCUAUGAGUGCUGCGAAGGAUGUUUUGGGUGGGUGGGUGCCUAAUGAGGGGGAUGAGGGGUGGGGAUGGAGGUGGGAAUUAGGGACGCUGGUGGAUGAGAGGGGAGAUCCCGUUGAGAUGGAUCCGAAGGGGUCGAAGAAGAGGAAGCGAUGA